AUGAGCGCAACACCAGACAGGCGCUCAAUGCUCUCCCAAUCCCACCCCCUCUCAGCCCAACCCCGACGAAGCCAAACCCGCCCCACCGAAGUCCCAUCCUUACCAGAUUACGUCGCGCCAGAAGCACCCCUCACAGCCGAAGCCCAACGGCACCUCGAAGCCUUAAUCUCAAACCACCACCACCGGAACCUAAUAACACAUCUCAAACACGCCGCCGAAAAACUCACACACUCAGGCGGUGAAGUGAAUGAGCGCUUAGCCGAUGCGCGCGGCCGCUUUGAGAAGAAUAAAUACCAGCGCCGACAACGCAAGGGACUUGAAGAGGGAGAUGACGAUGAAGAUGAAGAUGAGGAGGAGUACCAGCGGCUUGCUGAGGAGGAGACUAGAGUCAAUGCCAUUACAGCGCGGAUGGAGGAAAAGGCACGGCUGAUAGUUGAUGCUGAGGUGAAGCUGCAGGGGCUGACGGAUGCUGUUGCGCAACUCGAGAGGCAGGAGGGUGAGGCUGUUGCUGCUUCUUUGGGGUCGAGGCGGACGCGCUCUGGGAGGAAUAGGCGGAGGGGAAAUGAUGAUGAUGAAGAUGGGGAUGGGGAGGGUGAGGAUGAUGCUGAUUAUGAAGAUGCGCAAGAGCGGGAGACGCAGGAGAGAAAUGCGCGAAACCCUCCUAGUCGGAGAUUGGAAGAUAAGAUUGCUGAGGGUUCUGAGAAGUGGAAUGAGAUGUCUUUGACGGAGAGAUAUGCCGGCCACAACCACUACAUCGGGUUCUAUCGCAUGGUGCACGACUCCAAAUUCCCCGGCGACGACGUGCCUCCGCUCCCCCACUCAUCUACAUGGUUCCAACAUAUGGAGGAUACCGGUGCUCGCUCUGGUGGAGCACGCACCCGCAACCAACGGCGUCACUCCCCUGCUGACGAUGACGAUAUCGCCAUUGAGCGCGAGCGUAUCUCUCUCAAAUGCCCCUUGACCCUGUUACCAUUCCAAGAUCCGGUGACCAGCACCAAGUGUCCCCACAGCUUCGAGCGCGAACCGAUCUUUGAUAUGAUCCACCGCAGCCCAACUACCAUUCCACCUCCAGCGGCUCGCCGGGGCCAGCGCCGUAUCCACGUGAUUAAAUGCCCUGUCUGUUCUACUCCGUUGACUGCAGACGAUCUGAACCCAGACCCUGUUCUGCUGAGACGAGUGCGUCGUGCACAGGAACUUGAAGAGCAGGAGGAAGACGAGGAUCAUCUUGGCAAUGGACGGGUCAACAAGCGUCGCAAUAGUGAAAUCAGUGUGGCCAGUGAUGAUAGCAACGAUGUUAUGGAUGUGGAUGCGCCUGAACCAUCUCAGCGUAUCAAGGCCGAACGGCUCAGUCAACCGGCUCCCAUGCCAGUUGACUCGGAGAGCGGAGAAGAAGAGCAAUCCGGGGAAACAAGCGAAGACUCGGGCUGA